UUAUGGACCCUAAGUCUCAUAUUUUUAAUGAGGGGGAAGAAUGUCACAGUAGUGAAUCUGGAUGGACAAUGUACAUUGGCUCACCUACGAAUGAUGAAGAUGAUGAGAUGAAUUGCGAAGGUGAUUUUGAUAAUGAAGAUGGUGUUUUAGGACAAGGUCGUCGCAAGAAGAUAAUUAAUGAUGAUGAUGAUACUGAUGAUUCGAUGGCGUCUGAUGCAUCUUCAGGACCAAGUCAUCAUGUUGUUAGAAAUGCGAAUAAGAGUACAAUUAUUCCAAAGGAAAAAGGUAAUGGAAAAAGUGGUUCUAACAACAAAGCCAGCAUGAAGAAAGGUAGUGGGAAGAAUCAAGACAAAGGAGGGUACUCUGUUUUUUCAGCAAAGGUUCCAUCCAGUAGUGAAAAGGUAAAGAAAAGUAUUUGGAAGGGCAAAGGAAAAUAAAACUUACUAUAACUAGUAGUACUA